UGUAAAGGUGUGUCAGUGGUAGACGAUGCCUGCAUGGAGAAGAAAGAAGAUAUCUUUCCCUCAAAGAUGCCGAUCAAGGAACUAGCAGUGAAGUUAAGAAUGUAAGUUGAAGUAAAUGGACAAGGUAACUAGGCGAAUUCAUUCUUAAUUAAGGCUUGUGGUUGCCUUUUAUCAACUUGACGGAGCCGACUAGCCGUGCGUAAAACUGCCCUGUGCGGGCAAAUGUCAGCAUUGUGGCGCACGGGAUUUCUCCUCGGCGUCAUGAGAUUCAGUUCACCUUCAGGUGAAGAAUGUGUCCAGGUCAUUAUCGGAGAGCCGGUGUUACUUCCGUGUAUCUAUGACGGAGCACUCCCGCUAAGCGCUCUGAACUUUUCGGCUGAAUGGAGGAGAGCCAACGACGUGGUCCACAGGUCGGUCUGGGGAGGGGGGAGCCAGGAUAAAUGGACAGUGUCUAGCAGAAACAGCACCCGAGUCUCAGAAACGGCUCCGCAGACAGGCGACUUCUCCCUGCAGUUGUCCAUGGUGGUCGCGGCAGAUUCAAACACCUACAGCCUGUACCUCACAUUCCCUGGGGGGAACCACAGUUCUCCGGUGUGCACGGUGUGUCUGUGGACCGCAGCCAGUUUCUCGUUUCCGCUACUGCUGAGGGAGGAUGCGGAGGAAGGGGACGAGACGCGUUUCUUGUGUCACUCUAGAGGAGGUUUCCCCAAACCUGCUGUGCGCUGGCGGAUCAACGAGACCGUGCGGCCUCCCGAGGGCUCAGUCUGGACAGACUUUGCGCUUCUCCCCGAGUCUCAGCUCUACAACAUCACCAGUCUUCUGGUUGUCAACAUUUCACAGGACGUUAGCGUGUCAUGUAGCAUAGAAAACCCGUCCAUGAACGAGACCUUAACUUCCAUCAGCAAUGGGGUCCAGCCAAGCCCUGUUGUGGGGAGAGCCACUGAGGCCUUGUGGGUAUUCAGCACAGCUCUCUGUGUGGUGGUUUCAGCCAUGGUGUUGGCUGCCAUAGCCUACCAGAUCCAACAGGACAGGGCCCACAAAGACCAGAACACAGAAAUGGGGGUGAGGGAGAGCUUUGAAGAUGAACCAGAGACUUGGAUGGUGAAAGAGGAAGUGAUGGACCCUCUAACUGAGACCAACCUGUGAUUAGAAUGGAACACUAGAACAUGUUUGUGAUCACAUGACCUUCAAACGUUCUGGUUGAAGGUGAUCACAUGACCUUCAAACGUUCUGGUUGAAGGUGAUCACAUGACCUUCAAACAGUCUGGUUGGAGGUAAACACAUGACCUUCAAACAUUCAGGUUGAAGAGGAAAUAAAGUCUUCUCACCAUUGCCCACAUACUCUGACAAGGUUACUCUUUGUAAAUGUGUACUGUGCUGUACAUACUGUGAAUAUGUACAGGUCUUACGUCGGUUGGAUGUGUUGUACAAAGUCAUUGAAAGGACGGACAGUGUAUUUCUUUUUUAUUUGAAUUGUAGGCUUCAAAACGCACAAAGGACUCGCUUGUUCCCCUUUCGGCUCCUCUCUGUGACCUACUCUGUACUCUGUUGCCGUUUGUGUUAUAAAAAGUUCUGUCAAUCUA